ACGUUAAUAUUGUCCGCCGUGCAGUUAUGAGCACCGAGCUACCUUUUCCUGUGCGUGCGUGUGACAACGAGCGCGGAUCCGCUCGCGACGUAAUACGCCCAGGAGCCGUCAACGUGUUUACCUGAACGGUGAGGAGACAACGGAGCGAGCCAAUGUCCUCUUUUACCGUUCAUCGCACUCCUCGCGUGUCCGGAGCCGUGAUUGCACAGGCGGUGGAGGGGAAUCGGUGUGUGAAACGCGAUCUGCCCGAGCGAAGCGCGAGAGAGGCGCCCAGCACACGCCACGGCAAAUGGCAACUUGUGCAGUGAGGAGUUUUAGCAGUGUGCCAGAGGCAACUUCAGAUUCAGAUGAUGAAGACAAACUGCACAUUGCAGAGGAGGACAGCAUUGCUGACGAUCCCGACCUAAAGUCCUCAGUAUUCCAGUUCGAAGCAGCACAGCAGCUCUCUGAAACAUGCACACAGGACGAUGGCAGCCUGGGGCCAGAUACUUUAAUAGAAGAAAUAAGGGUCAAAGAGGAGUGUGUCACUGAUGAGGAAGAGGGUGCUGAUGAUGAAGUGGACUGUGAGGAAAAGCAGACGGAAACGGAGCACGCUUACUCAGACGUCCCAGAGGAGCAUCAGAGAACGCCAGAGCGAGGGGUCCACGAUGAGAACGGUACUCCUGAUGCAUUCCCGCAGCUGCACACCUGUCCGCACUGUUCCCGCGGUUACAAGCGUCACACAUCGCUCAAGGAGCACAUUAAACUACGCCAUGAGAAGAGUGAAGACAACUACUGCUGCUCCCUCUGUAGCUACACCUUCACCUACCGCACGCAGCUCGUCCGUCACAUGACCGCACACAGACACGUCCGGGAGCAGCGGACUAUUACUCAGUCAGGCGGAAACAGAAAGUUCAAGUGUACAGAAUGCUCCAAGGCCUUCAAAUACAAACAUCACCUAAAGGAGCACCUACGCAUACACAGCGGUGAGAAGCCAUAUGAGUGCUCUAACUGUCAGAAGCGUUUCUCACACUCGGGGUCCUACAGCUCUCACAUCAGCAGUAAGAAGUGUGCGAGUGUGACACCUGCAGUCAACGGCCUUCCUCGCACACCUGGAGUGAAAACGGCUCUUACUGUUUCUCGCCCCACACACAUCCUUCUAAGGGAGAAGACGGACAUUACCAACAAGCCUCUACAAGAGCAGCUCCCCCUGAAACAGAUCAAACAGGAGCCUGUCGAGCAGCAACCCAAACCUGCGCCAGCAACACCCAUGAUAGCCGCCGCCACUACCAAUGGAGUCGUGGCUCCACAAGGCGUUGUCCAGACACUGGUCCUGCCCACUGUUGGGCUUGUCCAGCCAAUCAGCAUCAACCUAAGCGACUUACAAAAUGCGCUUAAUGCAGCAAUGGAAGGGAAUGUUAUCAGGCAGGUGUUGACUAGCACCAAUGCAAACGGAGCAAACGCUAAAAUCGUAGGUCAGGCGCAAGCUGUCGUGUUGCAGCCACAGCAGGCGCAGCCGCAGGUGAUCUCUGCCAUCUCUCUGCCGGUUGUGGGACAAGACGGAAAUGCCAAAAUUAUCAUCAACUACAACCCCCAGCUGGAUUCACAACUCAAGGCAGUAAAAGUGAACACAACACAGCCCACAGCAACACAAACCAGUACGGUGCAGGCAAAAUCUACAGUGUCCGACAUCAUACAGCCAAACGUGGUGCAGUUUCAGUCUGUGCAGUCCAACUCAACUGAAACCCAAACAUCAUGUCCCCCGAAACCUACACAGGUAAACAUCAUUAAACCAGUCCAAGCUGGAAACCUCAGCAAACCGGCGUCUAUCAUCAAGAUAACGCCUGCACAGGCUGCCAGGCUGGUUCAAGCUCGGGCGGCACAACCAAAGCUCACCCAGCAAACUUUACUGCUGGUGAGAAGGGCAGAUGGGACGCAGAGCCUCGUGGUUCGACAGAUACCUGUCACCAAUUCCAACACGCAGAGCACUGAGACUAAAUCAUCCCCGGAGAAGACUACAAACACUCCUCCAGCGGAAGAGGAGGAGACGACUGAAAAUACAGGUUCGCUGGAGGAUAAAUGUGAAAAACAAAACCUGACAGCACCACCAGAAAUCAAAAUCAAAACCGAACCGGCCUCUCCGUCUAAGAUCGAGCCCGAAAUGCAGAGUGAGGAUGACAAAGAGAUGCAGACAGAUGAAAAUCAAGAAGGAGGGAAGCAAACAACAGUGACAACUGAGCCGGUCGUACACUCUGGAACAGUUCACUGUGGAGUCACCUGUGGAGAUAACUUCCACAAUUACGCAACGUGUCUGCUUUGCGACAGCUCCCUGGGCAAGCGUAAGCCUUCGGACUGUGAAGACAGUGAUGCCAAAGGGUCGCCCACAACUAUAUCUCUCUCCUCUCUACUGGAUAAGGAUAAGAGUGGAGCGGCAGAACGCCUCCUUCCUCUUCUGAAGGCCUACAGUCAGAACCCAGAGCCUAGCGAGGAGCAGCUGUCUCAGGUGGCCAAGACAGUCCGGUUACCUCUAGAGGCGGUCAUCAAGUGGUACCAGAAGAUGCGCUCCAAGAGGAUACUGCUCCAGGCUGCAGGCAACCUGAAAGAAAACAACCAAGAGAAAACUACACCAUCUGCUGUGCCUGAAGGAAUGAGCCCUACUCAAGACACUUGCACUCCCACUCAACCCCUUGAUGGCACUUCGUUGGACUCCCAAAAUGGAAGCGCCGCUUCACCCGCCUCCCCUCCAGCCAGUGUCUCCCCCGAUGACCUCGUCAUUGUAAAGACCGAAGACAUGGAGGAGGAGCUGCAGUGUGAACCGCUGGAUCUCUCGCUUCCAAAGUCCAGCUCCGCUCAAGCCAGCACCACAACUAAGCUGCCGGUCUCCACCCAAAAGGAACCGCUUAACCUCACCUGCCUCAAGAAGCAACCGCUGCCAGGCAACACCAUCUAUGUGACGCAGGCCGGCACGGGUCCACUAAAAAUUAUGACAACCCCAUUGCCAACACUGGUUGCCAUAGCAGAGCCCGGCGGUGUUUCGUGCAUUGGCACGGCAAUAUCCGGUAACAAACGAACCAUCCUCAUCCCUCAGCUCACCUACACCUACACCACCAACCCCAGCGUCAAAACACCUGACAACUCCCUGACAGACACAAAGGGGACCGUAAUCCUAAACAGCUGUACGAAGGUGGUGGACACUGCUUCGGACUGCAUGUCAGAAGACCAGAAUGAUGAAGACUCACCUCUAAUGAAGAAGAAGAGGAAGACCGUCGGUGGCCAGUACGCCUGCGAUCUGUGUGACAAAGUCUUCCAGAAGAGCAGCUCACUGCUGCGACACAAGUAUGAACACACAGGUAAGCGGCCUCACGAGUGUGCCAUCUGUAAUAAAGCUUUCAAACACAAGCACCACCUGAUCGAGCACUCGCGACUACACUCCGGAGAGAAGCCCUACCAGUGUGACAAGUGCGGGAAGCGCUUCUCUCACUCGGGCUCUUAUUCUCAGCACAUGAACCACAGAUACUCCUACUGCAAGAGAGACACUCAUGAGCUGCCGGAGCAGGUCAGCACCUCCACUCCUCCCUCUCAGCUCGACUCGGACGAGAGAGAGAGCGAUGCAGAGGAGGAAGAGGAUUUGACCGCUCUGGACAUGAGCGAUAUCAGAGUGGUGCGAGUGGGAGAGGAAUAUGAGGAUGAGGAGGAGAGCUGUGGAGAGGAAGAGCAGGACCGAGGACGUGAGGAGCAAGAGACAGAGGAAGGAGGAAUGGUGAUGGAGGUGGAUCUCGGAGAUACUGACACUUUGGAGGAAGAAACCGUUGAAACGGAAGAUGCUAUGGAGAUGGAGGAGUCAAAGGAAGAGGAAGCAGUUCUCACGAAUAAUGAAGAUAACACAGAGAUGGCAACCGAGGACUGAAGGGUGAACGCACUCAUGUGCGACUAAUGAAAGAGGUGACGAGCUCUUCAUCAUAAUCUUACAGUCGUCAGUUGCUAUGAAAACUGUGUCUCAGCUCUUUACUGUGUAUAAAACCCAGGUGUGCCUCAUUUACAAAACAAUAUUUCCUUGUUUUAAAAAAAAGAAAGAAAAAAAAAAAAAAAGAGAGAGAAACCGAAACUCCAACUCAACUAGACUUCGCAGGACUUCAAAGUUUCAGUUGUUUGGCUUUGUUCUGUUACCGAGCCGCUGAAUUAUGGGUAUGUCAAAUUAUCAGUGUUCACGUGUUUUUGUUGUUCUGUACAGUCAGAUUUCUAUACCUUUAUAUUUGCCAAUGAAGUUUACGAAAAUCAGUAUUUUAAAGUUUUGAGAAACAAAACUAAAUUCUGCACUGCAGGUAUAACUGGUUUACUUACGGGGGUGAUUCUCAUGAAAACUGUCAAGAAGGGUCAUAUUUCACUUGAGAAAAAAAAGAAGAAAAUUCUUAUUUUGCAUGAAGACAAUGAAUCCUAUUUUUAAAACCAUCACAGAUAUUUUUUAACGAACAUUUUUAUUGUAGCAUUUAAGAACACCUGCAAAUAUGCAUUUAUUUUAAUUUAUGCCAUAAAAUGUUUUAUUGAUGCUUAUUUAAAAUGUGUAUAUAUAUAUAUUGUCCAAAUAGAAUGGUUUUUAUUACUGUGAUACAGUAUUAAAUCAACUUAAUUGUGAAAACGCUCAAUCCUUAAAGUAGACUAUUUUCUUAAUGCAAAAUAAAAUAUUUUUCAACUUGAUUUUUUUUUAGGCUGAAAUAUGACCUGGACAUUUCUUUGUGAGAUUAACCACAGAUACUUAAUGCCUCAAGUUUAAGAUACCAUUCAGUAUUUUUUCUUGUUAAUCAGGCAAGAUUUUGGUAGCAUUGCCUCAUUUCCCCAUCUGAUUGUUUAUCUGCCUUAUGAAGGAAAUUAAAUUGCACUUCACUAUUAAGAGCUCAUUUAUAAAAAGAAGAAAAAUGAGUUAAUUAUGGUAAUAUUCAUAGGAAUGCUUAUCAUUUAAAAAUUGAAUCGCUUUGAUAGAAUUUAAACUGGUGACUUGUAAUGAACUACUAAACUGAAUGAUAAUUCAAAUCAGUCUCAAAUUCUAUUAUAAUAAGCACUCCAAAAUAUUUGUCAGUAACUGUAAUGUUUUAAAAUCAUACUUUUCACGAUCAUGCCAGCAUACUAAAAAAAAAAGUCGGGAAAAAAAGCGUCAAAAGGCAGUUUCACCUGUUCUUUCAUUGAUCUUUGUGUGGCUUUAUGUUGUAAUGUGUCAGUCUGUGUUCAUAGGAGAUGCUCUAAGGAACUGCACACCCACAGCCUUAUAAAAGACCGCCAAGCUGUAAGUGCCAUUUACAAACAUUAACAUAGUACUCCACAGUCUAGAUUUUAGUCAGCUGACCAAGAAUUUAAAGAUGCAUAAAAAUGUCCACACUGGUCAAGGACACAGCGCAACAUUUGACAAAAAUAUUUUAGUUUCUAACACUGCCCUCAGCUGAAAUCAAAUGGCACACUGUCAAGCUGUUAUAGCUCAUGCUGGUUUUCUCUCUCCAAGCCCACUGUGGUGAAGAAUUGCCUAUUUAACCUUGCUAAAAGAAAAAGAUAAUACUAUAUAAGUAGCACCUCUAAACUAAACCAAAUCAAGUUUAAAAGAUUAAGCAACACUAUGUAAUUUUUUCUGUGUUCAAAAUUUGCUAAAUGUACAUAAUGAGCAAGUACAUCACAAAUUCAUCUACCACCUUUUUGUUGUAUUCCUGCAUGAAUCGCCAUAGACUUGGAGAAGUAGCUCCGGUUAGAAUGUUCUCCAGCGGGAUGAGUGCAGUUCUGUUUAUUAACCUCUAGAGCGCCAAAAUUUACAUAGUGUUGCUUAAAUCAAGUGAGGAUUUAAAUUCAGUCCAUUUUAUUCAGAAAUCCAAGCUUUUUAUGCUUCACUCUUCUUACAGUAUUCUGUUUGGAAUCAUAUAAUAAUCAAAAACAAAUAGUCUAACCAAGUGAUGAAUAAAAACCAAUAAGAAGCAGGUUAAGGAUUAUUUGAUGCAUGAUGAUGAAAGAAAUGUACUUGAAAUGUAUGAACCACAGGAUUGUAUAGCUUGUAUAGGAGAGCGCAAGACCUCCAACUCGUAUUCAUCAGCAAGUGUUCUCUGUUAUGAAGUUUUCCAACGUGCACAGCCCUAUAGAUGAAACUAAACCUAGCAUCCCAAAGUCAUGCAGAAGGCAAAUACGUAUGUAAUAAGACUGUGAAGUGCACGAUGAAAGCAGCACUUUGGAAGAGGCGCAUAGGAUUCAAAAUGUUUUAGUUGAUUGUGUCUGAGCAGACCUUACAGUAUUAUUAAUUUCAAUGUAUUUCGAAAUGUUUAUUCUUUUUGUGUUUAUGCAUGUGUAUAUUGUGUAAUACCAUCAGUAUUAUUGUCACUGACAAAUGUUUCAUUUGUAGAACCUUUUAUAUAUGUCUUAUUUUUGUAUUGCUUUAUUUAUUGCGUGUGUGAUACACACUGUAGUUUAACACAAUGUAUUUUAGAAUUAAUCUCAGUGCCACGAAGGAGGUUAAACCCUUAUAUAUAAAGCUGAACUUCACAGUAUUCGUUUUAUAAUUUCAAGUUAUUUUUUAACUCUACCACAGAAAGUCAGUUAGGCAUACAUGUGUACCCAUUGCUUUGGUUUUUCUUAAAUCUGAAGCUUUUCCAACAGCUUCACGGUAAUUCAUAAACCUGUGAUGAAGAGCAUGGAUUCAUGUUGUUGUACUGGUGUUGAAAUUGCAUUUUGGAACCAAAAUUAGUCAAGCCAUUUUUUUGUUUUUGUUUUUAUUUGUGCCAACUCUGCAUUGUGUGUGUAAAUGUCACAUUUUCCACAAAGUUGAUGAACGUAUUUGUAGGAUUUUCUUCCUUUGUUUCCUUUUAUGAUGCCCCAUAAAAUAAAAUGAAAUGAAGCACCA